UCUAAGCCACAAAUGGAAAAGGUAGGGCACAGAGACAACAAAAAGGGAGAGAAAAUCAAAAAUCAAAAUCGAAUUCAAAAUCUAGACAAAAGUGAUAAGAAGGUAGCAGAAGAAGCAUGGAUUCUAGGGAGAAAAGAAGAGCAGCACUGCAACACACGUUGCAACAACUUCGCGAUGUUACAAACUCCACUUCUCUGAACAAAGCCUCAAUUAUUGUAGAUGCCUCAAAAUACAUAGAGGAAUUGAAACAAAAGGUGGAGGGACUCAACUCAGAGUUGGGGAUCGCUGAAUCAUCAUCAUCAACAUCUCAAAUUGAUGAACUACCUAUGGUAAUAGUGAAAACCCUAAAAAAGGGUUUCCUCAUUAAUGUGGUUUUGGAAAAGAAUUGCCCCGGUAUGCUCGUCUCUAUACUCGAAGCCUUCGAAGAACUGGGCCUUGAUGUGCUUGAUGCUAGGGUUUCUUGUGAAGACAGUUUCCAGCUAGAAGCUGUUGGAAAAGAAAGUCACAAGAACGACAGUGUUGACGCGCAAGUGGUAAAGCAAGCAGUGUUGCGAGCAAUCAAGAACGCGAACUAAUUAAAGGAAGCACACGGAUUAGAACAAAAAAAAAAAAAGAAGAAGAAAAUUCAGAAGCGUUUUUGUCUUGUUUAAGAUUAAAAUUUGCACAUGAACUGAAAGAAAUUUGUGAUUGCAUGUUCUGCCAAAACCCCAUGAGGUACCUCUUCAAUGACCCUUACAUAUUGAUAUGGCUUAUCAACAUCGAUCUUCUUGGAUAGUGGGAAAUGAAUGAAUGGACAUGCAUCGUCCAAGUUGAUAUAUAUA